AUCCUCCACCCGAUAACACGCGGCUGAUACCGGGUCGUAAACAAUUUAUCGCUUGAUCCUCGGCAAAAUUUAGAACAAUUUAGAGGAUCCAUUACGCGAAGUCUGUAUAGUACUCUUACCAGUGCACAGGUACCAGUGCAUCUUAAUCCGAGGGCGAGUCAACUGAAGGUAAGGUACAUAUCUUCAGUCGAAAUAAAAAGCUUUGACAAUGGCGAUAAAAGUACUCACAGUGGUUACCAGCCACGGCGAUCUUGGAAAUACCGGCAAUAAAACCGGAUGGUACCUACCGGAAGUCUCCCAUCCCUAUGACGUUUUCACUAAGGCCGGAUUCGAAGUGGAUUUCGUUAGCCCGAAAGGCGGGGAUGCUCCAAUGGAUCCGGGAAGUGCAGAAGCAUUUAAAGAAGACCCUGUUUCUCAAGCAUUUCUGAAAUCUGGAGCCGAGAAGCUGAAAACAACAAUGAAACCUUCGGAUGUAGACAUCAGUAAAUACAAGGUGAUCUUUUACGCCGGAGGACACGGUCCCAUGUUUGAUCUACCAAAAAAUGAAGAAAUCGCGAAACUCUGUGCCAAGGCUUACGAAGGGGGCGCCGUGGUUUGUGCCGUCUGCCAUGGAACUGUGGGUUUGGUGCCCGUAAAAUUAUCCAAUGGGGAGAGCAUUGUGAAAGGACAGACGAUUACGUCAUUCACAAACGCUGAAGAGGAAUUCGUGAAGCUAACCGAAGCAAUGCCGUUCUUGUUAGAAACGAGGCUGAAAGAAUUAGGAGGAAACUUUGUAGGCGCUGAAAACUUCCAAGUAAAUGUACAGACAAGCGGAAGAAUUGUUACUGGACAAAAUCCACCGUCUGCCGGACCUAUGGCUGAAAAAGUCGUGUCACUUGUAAAGGCAGCCUAAAUGUGUGAUAAAUUGAUAUUUUAGUUCUUUGCAUUGCUGUCGAACAAAAUUGCCAUAUCAUAGCUAGUUAUUUAAAUGUCUGUUUUUGAUAUGCCGAUAUCAAGUUUAUGUUUUUAGCUUGUUGAUUUGUAUUUGAAAAUAUUAUUUCAAAAAAAGGUUUCUUUUAUAUUUGCAAAGAAUUUACAAUUUUACAUUAAUCACUGAAUGUAUGAAAAUAAAAUCUUUUGAAUGUAAGGAA